UAGAGGGCUAUGGGAGGAAUGGUAUGACGAAGACACACUUCCAGGCUUGUAAAGAGUAUUGGAGUGUCUAAAAUGUUUGCAGAAGUAAGUUUCUAACCGACGAAGAAGGCGAACCGGUCGCCAAACUACGCCGACGAGUGGAAACCAUAGACCAUGUCUGACAUCAAGAUUGCCCUUCAGCAGAACCAGAAAAGGGACAGGAAGAAAACACCAGAAGCCAAAUCUGCCGAGGUGUCACCAGACUCAAAAUGUCCUAUCUGCUUGGACAUAUUUAACAACAUUUCCUACCUGGACAUCUGCCUGCACAAGUUUUGUUUUCGUUGCAUCCAUGAGUGGUCCAAGAAUAAGGCCGAAUGUCCUUUAUGCAAGCAGCCGUUUAAGUCAAUAUAUCACAGUAUCAAAUCAGAGAAGGACUUUAAACAAUAUGACCUGAAGCCAGUGACUAAUGGGUCCUUCGGGAUGUUUGGUGGGGUGCGCUUUAGGUACCGCACUACUCUUACUGGGAUGCAACGACAACGAUGGGGAAGAACCUCCCCACCACCGGACAACGGGGUCCUAUUCGAAUCUUCAGUAAAUCCACCCCAGCAACACCCUCGCUACAUCAGGCGCAUGAUGAUGAGGAUGGCGGCCAAGAGGAGAGCUGCAAGUGAGGGCAGGCCGCUGCAGAAUGUGAGAGAGCAAGAAAUGGUCAACUUCAGGCGGGAACUCUACCGCCAGGGAUUGAGGGUUCGCACCGUCCGUGAUGGUGGUCGCUGCCGAGACACCUCAGCUGAUUUCUAUCGCCGGAAUCCUGCCUGCUUACACAGACUCAUUCCCUGGCUUAAACGAGAGCUGUUGGUGCUAUAUGGGGCUCAUGGCUAUCUGGUUAACGUGGUUCAGCACAUCAUCAUGUCGCGCAUCACUCGUGUCGAUAUGGAAGACAGGGCCAUGCAGGAGGAUCUCCGGCCAUUUCUUCAGGGUCGCACAGAUCAUUUUCUGCACGAGUUCAUCAGCUUUGCAAAGUCCCCUUUCAACUUGGAAGCCUAUGAUCAGCACGCUGUGUACGAGGGCUCGGCCCACUCUUCGAAUUCCGAUAGCAGUUCCACCUCAUCUGUAAUAGCUAUCUCUGAGGAUGAAAACAACUCCGUGCACUUGGAACCCCCUAGAACACCAGGGUACACCACGUCCAACUUGAGCCACUCCCUAUGGGACGAUGAGACGCCAGGUCCAUCAUACUCUACAACGGCAGAACAAAGCAGGACAGAAAGGGAGACGGUCCAAGAAUCGGAUACAGAUAGCAGUAUUGAGGAGGAAGCACAAGAGUUGGAAGAUUCUUCACAAAAACAAGGAAACUCAACCCAUGUUCAAGCUGAGGAAUGUUUGUCCUCAGACAGCGACGACUGUGUCAUUGUGGGUUUUGUGAAGCCGAGUGCAGAGAGAACUCCUGAGCUUGUGCACCUCACCUCAGAUUCUGAACCUUUAAGUGAUGACGAUAAAGAGCUUCCAAAACCGCAGCAUAUUCGUUUCACCAGUGUCACUCCUCCAGUUUCGCCCGAAGACCGCAGCCAAGGAAGAUGCAGUACUCUCAACUAUGGCCACUGCAACACAUCCAGCGAAUCUGAAAGUAAAGACAGACGCCGUCGUGACCAGUCAAGCCAAAAACACGUCUCCAAAGACAGAAAGCACAAGAGGAAGAGGUCAAGUAGAGAACGCGAACGCAGACACCACAAGAGCUCAGUUACCAGUCACAGUAGAGACUAUUGGUACUACAGUAGCAAAGACUUUUACCACACAAAAUCUGACCGUAAAUACCAAAGAAAAGAGAGUGACUGCCAUCUCAGCAGCCGAAAACAUAUGGGGCGAUGCUCUCGCUCCAGGAGCCGCAGCAGGGACUCGAGGCGACGAGACAGAAGGAUGUCUCGGUCCAGGACUUAUUCCAGCAGUCGCUCCCCAUCGGCGAGCUCAAGAUCUCACCACGACAAGCCUGGUGGCAAGAGAAAGUACAAAACGCGACAUCUAGAGGACCCUUCCAAAGAUGAUGCAGCCGCUGAAACAAAAGAUAAGAACACUAAAGAGGAGAGUAGUCUGAAAUUGCAGCUCAACGAGCGAAGUGCUUCCCACCGCAGCAGGCAUCAUAAGAAAAAGAAGAAACACAAGAAGAAGAGCAGAAGGCACAAGAGCAGAGAGGGUGCAGAGAAAUGUUCGUCGGAUCUCAUCACCAUUGACAGCGACAGCGAUCAUGCCAACAGUGAUACCCGGGCUGCAACCUCCAGCAGGGACCAGACAAUAGAUUCAUAUUCCCCAGUGGUGUCUUAAUAUGCCUCUGUUUGUUGUUGGAUUGGGUCAACUACAUCACUCUGCAGUAUUUUUCAUUUUACAGAAGUGGACAGGCUGCUUCAGAUCAUCAUCCAGAUCAUGGACUAUUUUUCACAAUUACGUUAUUUACAAAAGCCAGUGUGAACAAGGCUUACACAGGGAUAUGGUUCUUAUAAGUCAUUUUUUAAAGACAAUUAAGGUGCUCUCAGGGAUUGAUGACAGUGAUUGUUUUUCCUGUCCUGGUAUUCCCCAUAUGCCAUAUUUUAAUCUCCUAUGUUGCUCAUGAAUUAGCAGGAAUAUU